UCUUUUUUGCACAGUAGUGUGCGUAUGGUAUAUUUUCCUCAUGAAAAAUCGUUGGGUUUCGCUUUUCCUGAAAAUUUUCAGUAGAUAACAAAAAUUGGUUGAUGAAAUGUUGAAUUCCGUCAGCGUUAAAAUUGAAAGCAAAGUGGUUAAUUUUCGAAGCUGGGAAUUUGGUGUAAUCGUUAUAUCAUCUGUUACUAAAUUAUGAAUUAGAAGAUAACUCGCUCAAGAUGUUGGACAGCAAAAAAUACUUCGGAGUUUAUAUCCCAAAAGACUCCAAUGGAUACGACAAUACUAACGAUGGAGAAAAACUACACGUAUACACGAGCUACGAACAAGCUGCUGUAGUAUUAAAAGAAUAUAAAAACGCUCGUUUUAAAAUUUUCAAUUCUGAAAACGAGGCUUGUUAUUUUGCUCAAAAUGGAUCCAUCGGAGGACAAGGAAACCCGAACGUUGUCACGGAAAGUAUCCCUUUCAAAUCGCUAAAACGUCAAGAUAUUUAUAAAUUUCGUCGUUGUAUCGAAAAUGACGAUUACACGUCGGUUAAAGACUACAUCUGGGAAAAUCCUCGUUAUUUAAUAAGUAUUGGUGAUACUCCGACAAUCAUGCAAGAAGGUCCUCGGUACAAUGCGCUUCAUAUUAUUGCCAAACACAACAGACCUAAAUUAGCAGAAUUAAUUUUAAGCACGAUAUCAGAUCCUACGUUCACAAAGCUACUGUACGGAGCCGCCGGAGAGAAUUCGUACAUUGUUCGCCCUGAGUUGUUGGUUGAUUUAUACCUUAAUACUCCCGACAAAGCCUUGAAUGAAACCCCGUUACAUUUCGCUGCUAAAUACGGUGCCGCCGAUGUUGUUGCUGUAUUUAUUCAAUAUCCUCAAUUGAAAAUUGACAUGAAAAAUAAAUACAACCAAACGCCCAGAGAUUUGACUUGUAAACAAGCGUCUGGCGACAAUGUAAAAUUGGUUGAAAAAAUUCGUAAAAUGCUCAAUGAAUUAUUUUAUGUCCCGGUUUGGAGAUCGAGCGACGACAUCGUACAACCCGUCAUUGGUAAACCGUAUUCUCCCAAGAGUCCACCCGUCUGCCCCGGGUUGUCCUCACCGGUGAGUCCUUCUAUGGAAAUCAGAGCUAUUGCUGGACCGAUGACCUACGACGAAGCUAAUAAUUUUCAUAAAUCGUGGAAAUCACCCAUACGAAGCGCUUCUUGUACGUCUCCCAAUACUCCACAUUUGUUACAAGGUGUUCUAUUGCGCAAUCCUUUGGAAAUUGAGAAAGGCAUUGAAAAAGUUGGAAGAACGUUAGCUACUAAAUUUCACGUCUCUUGGAAAGAAUAUUGGCCUUUCUUGGACAAAUUCAUUGAUUUGAGGAGCGAGGAAGGCUUGAAGUCAUUGGAGGAAUAUCUAAAACAAAAAAUCAUCUCACAAAAACCUGCACCGACGCAGAACCUAAACAACACUGUUCUCUCUCCUAUGUCCGAAUUAUGUCACGAAUUCGCCAAAUUCUCAAUCAAUAGCCCAGUUCCUCCAAGAAGUGAUCUCUCGAGUCAAACUUUCAAAGAUAAAAGUGGCGGCGAUGCUUCGAAUUCGCCUUAUUUAUUAAUGGAAAAUGUCUGCCUGAUGUUCGCUGAUAAUGUUUUUGAUACGUUUAUAAAACAUUUCUCAGCCGAAAUGCCCAUCGAGGAUAACGUAGUGGGAUUGAUCAAAAAAGUACGCAAUUUGAUGAUUUCCUUGGAUGGUUGUCGAAAGGAUUCUGCAUUCAAGUAUUUUCCAUUUGGAAAAAUUCACAUAAGAGCCGCGUUAUGGAUUACGAGAAAAUUAUUAAAAUUAGAAGAGCGUCAAUUAAUCUACGCAACAUCCACGUUUAAUCUGAUCGACCAAACCGAUCCUAAUAGUAUGGUCAAACAGAUAACAUUAUCGCCGGCAUCUGAUAAUAUUGAAUUGGAUCAUAUUGUUCAAACUUUGAAAUGCAUCAAUGGCCACGUAAUUAGGUUGCUGAAAGGUGUAAUCGCACCUUCGGAAAGAGCAACUAAUGAAGAAGUGUGUAAAAAAGAAUGGCUAGAGAUUGUAAAUUGCCAAUGCGAUUCUAACGGCGGAUUUUUAUCGAAACUCCAUCGAUUGGGUGAAGCAGUCAGGAACAGGUUACUAUUCUCAGAUGCUGAUGAACCUACUAAAACUGAUACAGAUUCGAACAAACCAGAGAAUGCAACUGUAUCGCCUGCAAAUAAUUUAGCAGAUUCAAACAAUAAAGCUCAAGUUACCACUAAUUCUGAUGUAAACUGUGAUAAUACUUUGAAAUUACCGAAUGAUUAUAGAAUCUGUGAUAAAAGUGAUCUUGAUUCCGAUGACGAUGAAUUUUAUACGCCACCCAGCAGUCUUUCAGGUUCAGAUGAUGAAAUGGAUAUACCAGAUGAAGGACCAGAAAUAUUUAUUUGCGAUAAUAGAGGAACGAGCUUAGAUAACGCGGUACUCGAAGCCUUAGCUGAUUUGACGAUCGAUUGUUACAAGUAUCCUAAUAUUUAUCGUUGGAAACAUUCGGUUUCACUACACAAUGCAAUGGAUAGAUUCAUGUGGCCGAGUCCGAAAUCAUCGAAAAUCUUGAAAAAGAAGAAUUUAAUUUCCAACGGAUUAUAACUGGAAGACUUUCUUUCUGUAGCCUGGAAUAUUUAUGAAAAAAUCUUUGCUCAAAUGCGAAAUUUAAUAUUUAUGUAUUAUGAACUAGAAAUUUUGUAAUGAAUGGGAAGGAAAAAAUCAAAAAUUUGAUGGAAUACAUUAACAUCACCACAUCAAUUCCUAUUAUUUUUAAUUUUUAACUUAUUCGUUUGGUAUUGAAACACACGUCAAUUGAAUAAUCAAUCAUUACUUCUUUGUUAGAGAAAACAUGUAAAAGAAAAAAAAAAAAACUGGAAAAAGCUAUUUAAAAUCUGCGAUAAGUUUACUCGCGUCGCGUCGUUGUGUUGUUGACGAAACAACAGCUUAUACGGUACCGAUAAAAUAUCACAAUUUGUAUUCUAUAAUCGAAUGCAACUUCAUUUCCUAGUUCGAAUGGUAUUUGUUUUUCUUCCUUACCUUGCCACUAAGGUAAUAAUAAUGGUAAUUUAUAUUUAGAAACAAAAAUACACUAGAGAUAUUCAUUGUAUCUUAAUUUUAUCGAACGAAGGUUUUUUUCUUUCUUCAAAUUUCGCUUCAUUCAACGACAUAUCGACGUGUAAUGCAUUCCAAAAUUUACAAUUUUAUUAACUUUCAUUUUUGUAUGUAAAUAAAUGAAUUUUUUGUAUUCAUUGUUCCAAGUUGAAACGUUACGUGAAACAAUCUCAUUUUCUUUGUUAACUUAUUACGUUGAACCCCUUUUUGAAUUGUUAUUCGAUUUUGAAAGUUGAUUUUUUUUGUAUCGAUUUGUAUUAUAUUUUUAUACUAAUUAACGUUUAUACCAUCUCUCUAAUUAAAGAUUACUCCGUGCUCGA